AAUGGCUGAUACAAUUGAUGAAGAAAAGGCAGAAUUCAAAGAGAGUGAUAACUGCAUUGGAAAUGGGAAUGUAGAUCAGAAGAAGGAAAGUAGAUCUUGGAAGGAAUCAUUUCUUAAUAUUCCCACCACAUCUAUAAUAAUCUUCCUCUUAUGUGUGAUUUUAUUUAUCAUGUUUAUAUCAAUGUUGAUAUUUGCAGUGAAACUGGGUUCUUUUAAAAAACGUGAAGAAUACUUCUGUGAAAACCAAGGCUGCUUGAAGGUUGCAGCUGCCACUCUGACAGGGAUGAAUGCAUCUUAUGAUCCUUGUACUAACUUCUGGGAUUAUUCUUGUAAUGGUUGGAUGAAAUCCCACAAGUUUACAGAUGGCAAAGGAUCCAGAAAUGUAAAGGAUGUAAUGAGAGAUCAAAUUUUCCACCAGCUAAGACACUUGAUUGAUUUGGUGCCACAUAAUGCCGAAGAGCGAUCAUCAGAAUGGAAGGUGAAGAAGUUCUAUGAAUCAUGCAUGAACACUGAAGACAUAGAAUUUACUUCCUACAGAAACAUGCAAAAUAAAAUAUAUGAGCUUGGUGGAUGGAAUAUAAUCCCAGGAACAUGGUCACAAGAAAGGUGGGAUAAAGACAAAAUGAUUUUGGAACUCCAUCAAAAGUACAAAGUUAAUGUGUUUUUCAAAAUAGAUGUGGGGCUAGAUGACAGAAACAUUUCAGCCACCAUCAUUAAG